UCCUCCCCUAGUCGUCUUUCCAACCAGGGUACCUGUUGAUCCUAGGGAUCACUCCCCUGUCCUCUGGGCCGCCUGGGGUGAGUGAAAAUCUAUUAUAAGGAUGUCCCGGCAGGGUGAGAGCCUUAACAAUGCCUCUGUCCAUCGUCCCGAAUCCCCUUAAGCCUCAUCCCUUCGACACAUGGCAGCCCCCUACGGGAUCAGCCCGACAGACCGAAGCGGGGUGAUCGUCAUCGCCGCAACGCUGUUCAUGUCCUGGAUGGUGCUGGUGUCUUUGUUCCGGGUCUAUAUGCGGGUUGCCAUGAACGGACCGGCUGGAUGGGAUGAUGUCGUAGUCUGGAUCGGAGGAGCAAUAGGCAUUGGCAAUGUGGGCGCCAUUAUGAAAAGUGUAUCGCAGGGUCUGGGACGAAUCAAUCCGAGCGACGAAGAGGGUGCCAUGAAGGCUUUGUAUACAGCCGAUCUCCUCUUCCUCGCUAGUCAUGGGGCCUCCAAAUUAUCUGUCUGCCUGCUUCUUCGGCGCCUGGGCCGAGAAGGUGCCUAUAUACGACUUUGCACUGUGGGCCUCGGUGUGCUCGUCCUCUGGGUGCUCGCCUCAAUUCUUGCUGUCGCGCUACAAUGUGAACCUUCCAAGCCAUGGGAUCUCACACAAUGCCGCUCUUUCAUUACGGGGUGGCGUGCCAUGGCAGCCUUUGACGUGAUCACAGAGGCGCUUCUGGUGGGCCUGAGUAUUCGACUGGUGUGGGGAGUGCAGAUGCGCCGCACUCAAAAGGUCGGCGUCAUUGGGGCCUUUGGCACUCGAAUCCUGAUUGUCGCCCUUAUCAUUCUGCGCCAACGUUACCUCAAUCGGGUUGGAUUGAACAAUCUACUGCUGGGCAUGUCGAAUGUAGUGGUGACCACCGAAGUCCUCCUGCACAGCAGUCUCAUGGCGGCGACGGUGCCCUGCCUCAAGCCGUUUGUGAUCGCCUUCAACACGGGCUGGGGUCAGGGCGGCCAGAAAGAUGGCUCCUAUCUGCGGUCGGAAACUAGCGAGGGCCCUCCAUCCAAGGCCCGAUCGCGUCCAUAUCCGGCAGAUGACGAGAUUAUCAUGAUUCCGCCAGCGGGGACAAGGGAAGGCGGGGGAAAUCUGGAGGAGGCAAGCGGGGGAUUGGUGAUCCAUGAGACCCGCGAGUGGAGUCUACGAACCGAGUAUAUCGAGAUGCAGCCGCUCAAGGGCUCGGUGGCGUUGUAAGAAGGCAGUAACACGGCUACUUUGGUAGAUACAUCAAUAGUCCCAAGCUCUGCUAUUACACGGCCUCGCCAUGAACGGGAUCCCGCCGCAUGGACAUAGCCCCGGUCG